AUGAAGGGUAUCGCUCCAAGGGACCAAAACUUGGUGUGCAAGCCUCGCCUCGAAACCAGUACUCCCUUGUGCACAGGACCACAGCUUCUAGUUGCCAGGUAGGUGCAAGAUCAGCUUUAGUAUUAGGACAUUCACAGUUAAAUCGUCAUGCAGAACAGAACACCCACCUGGCUUUUAAAUUUCUAAGAAGACCAGAGGGGAGUGGACCCAGCUUGUCUCAAGUAAGUGUCAAAUAGUACUAAACCAUUUUGACAGGUUACACUGAGAAGACUGGACACAGGGGCUGGGUCCGCCAAGCAAGACAAAGGUUAGUUGGUAAACUGCUCUAAAACGGUUUGAUUAUUUAGUGUGGAAUGAUGCCUGGCUAUAGUGAUUAUGUGCUUGGAGUUUAUCACAAUUACUGUAAAUUUUCUAUGCAUUUAACAACUUUUGUUUGCUAAGUAACUAAUCAUCAGAGAACAUUACAGAAUGCACAUUUUGCACACAGGAUAGAAUUUGUUUAGCCUUGAUAGAUGCCCUUAUUUCUGAAAUAAAUCUGGCAUAGGCUUUACCAAGCAAUGUCCUUAUGAAGUGGCUACAAACUCUCCGAUCUCUGGUCAAUAUUUCCGUGACAUCAGAAGCCCUUGUUUUCAGAACCAUUUGAAAGAUGGAAAGCACAUGUUUCUUACGAACAACCUAAACAGGAAAAAAAAUGCAGAUUAAACUUUCUUGAUAUAAAAUCAAUGUAACCAGGCAUAACAUUCAUUACCAAGUCUGCAGCUUUAUUCUUUAAUAUAUAUUUUUUCCCACCAAAGUGUGUUGUAAUUGUCAAGCAUCAUUUUUCAUUAUUACUUUGAAUAUGUAACCAUAAAAAAUCAAUUCUUAAUGAUAAUCAGAACAUGCAUAGUUCAUGAACCAUUCCAUCACUCAUCCAUAAAUAUCAUUAAACAUUCCUAAAUACACGGCACUGUUGCCACCAAUAAGUGCAAAAUCUGACAUAAUCGGCAUAUAAAUGCAAAAGAACAACACCCCAACCCUAAACAAGCAAUGGGUGUGGCUGCACAAUCUUCCUCCAGGGUCUCUCACCGCUACACUCCCGUCCUCUACCAUCUCAAUGACACAAGCCAGACACACAGCUUGGCCCUCGUGUCCAGAGAGCAGCCAGUAGGGGUCAUGGCGAUAAUGGACCCGGUCAUAUGCUACCAGCUCUGCCAUGAAGCCAGCAGUCUGAGACCCGAUUCGAAAGUAGAACGCGGCACAGUGAGGGAACAGCGCCUUCCAGAGCAAAGCCUUUCCCGCCUUUUUACCUCAAGCUGUUUCUCGGCCGCUGAUUGGUGGGAACAGCCAUAAACGUUCCAAGUAUAUUGUCUAAUUAGGUUCACUGGGGGAGCAAGUGCUGCCAGUAUUCACCUGGGAAUUCUUUUCGUUUGGGUUUACAGGGCUCCUGGCUAAAGGGACGACAGGAUGUGUGCAUGGGGUGUAUUGGAUUUGAGGAUAGUUUGCUUUUAAAGUUAAGAUGGUCUUUAAGUUUUUAGUCUGGGAAUGUUUGGGGGUAGUGGUCUUUAGGAUUUUGUUGUAGUUGGGUUGUUUAGUUUAGAGAUUUGGGCUGUUGAAAUUCAGGGGCUCUUCAGAGCUGAUGGGUAUUUCGUAUUUGGGGUAAUGGUUAGAUGUGGAGGGUGUCUAGGGUUGGGGAUUUUCAUGGUUAAUCAAAGAGUUUCAGGAAAUGUGUGCUUAAUUUAUAUGUAUAUAAAAAAAAAAAUUUGUCUUAAAGGGACACUAUAGUCACCCAGACCACUUCAGUGCAAUGAAGUGGUCUGGGUGUCAGGUCCCUCAGGUUUUAACCCUUCACAUGUAAACCUAGCAGUUUCAGAGAAACUGCUAUGUUUACAUUAGGGGUUGAUCCAACCUCUAGUGGCUGUCUUCCUGACAGCCGCUAGAGGUGCUUCUGCGACGUUGGCUGCGAAAUAUGCAUCCAAUGUGCAGAACGUCCAUAGUAAAGCAUUGAGAAAUGCGCAUUCGGCUCCACUCAGGAGCUGGUGGGGGCGGAGAGGUCACCAGCACCAAGGGAGCCCGGCGCUGGAUUAAGGUAAACUGCUCAAGGGAUUUUAACCCUUUCAGCACCACGGGAGGGGGACACUGAGGGUGGGGGCACCCUCAGGACACUAUAGUAUUGGGAAAACUGCUUUGUUUUCCUGACACUAUAGUGAUCCUUUAAAAUAUUUUUAUCUAUUUGGAGUGUUUUGGGGGCUAAGUAAACUUUACGGUGCUGAUAUAUUUGCACAAUUGUAUAAAUUGUUUUAGAUAAAUAAUCACUGUUUAGCGCCUACAUCACUUAAAGAAUUGAAUUCACUAAAAGAUUUAAUAAGACUAAGUUGGGAAUAUAUGUCUUAUGGUCAAACACAAACUUGACAAAAGGUAGAACAUGCACAGUCAAGUUUGUUAUGGAUGGUACAAGACAAUGGGAGAGAGAUCUGAUAAGCUUACAAGGGAUCAAGCGAACAAGUGGUGGCACAAGAGGAGAGGACAAGUACAGUAGCCGGGGAGAAGGCCAGAAGGGUAGGGAAGGUAUUAUGGUCCAGGUAUGGUUGAGAGGAGUGAAGGGGGGGAAUUCUUUCCUUAACUGUUAAAUAUUGUCUGUAAAGUAGCAUCCAAAGCUAUCAGCUAAAAAGUUAGUUUGGGGGUGACUUCAGCAGCGCAAAGGAGAGAGUUGACGGUAUCAAAGAGUCAUCUAAGAAAGUGGGAUCAUGAACUAAUUAGAAAGGAGAAAUAUGGUUGUUUAGCAAAGGUGAGGGGUACGCUGUAUAAACACAAGAUAAACUUAUAACGGAGAGAGUCUGAGAAGAUGUGAGACAGACUUCCUCCAGCAGCGUUUAGCUGAACAGGAACAUCUCUGCAGGUAGAGGUUCAACUUAGAGUUCUGAUGGCAAUGCUUACCAGCAUACCAAAAAAAUGAUUUCAGGGAAUGUUCUAGACUAGAACAUUGUAAUGAACUAGAUGCAAUGAACAGAAUAUGAGGGAACAAUCUCAACUGAACAAGUACAUGGUUAAUCCAGCCUCUAGUGAUUUUCACAGUGAGAAGACUCCAGCGUCCAUAGGACGGCAAUAAUGCGGCUUAAUGCGCGCGGCUCCUGCCGCGCAUGCGCAUUCAGCCGAUGACGGCAAUAAGGAGGAGGAGAGUUCCCCGCCCGGCGCUGGAGAAAGAGUUAAAUUUAACCCCUUCCUCCCCCAGGAGCCCGGCGGGAGGGGGCCCUGAGGGUGGGGGCACCCUCAGUGCACUAUAGUGCCAGGAAAACGAGUAUGUUUUCCUGGCACUAUAGUGGUCCUUUAACCCCACUUAAAAUCCCACCCCCCUUUACUCAUUUUAAAUAAAAAUGAAACCCUUUCCUGCCAGUUGACCACUGACUACAGUGAUCAAAAUACAGAUAACAGUAUUUUACUGUGAUCUGAUUUUUUUUAUCCCCUAAGGGUUAACUGUUUUUUUUUUUUUUAACCCUCAGGUGUUAAAUUUAUUUAAUUAAUAUUUCAACAUUAUAUAUUUAGCUACCUGUGGUGGGUGGAAGUUAUUGGGGAAUUUAAUGUUAGCCUAUCUAAGGGUUAACAGUAAAAAAAAAAGUUUUUUUUAAAAAGGUUUAAGAAAAUUGAAAAAAAAAUGUUUUAAUAACGUGUAAAAUGGUUAAAAGAAAUCCCACCCUCGUUUACUCAGUAAAAUUAUAUAUUUAGCUUGCUGGGUGGGAGUUAGUGGGAAAUUAUGGAAUUUACUGUUAGGUUAGUUAGGGGUUAACAGUAAAAAAAAAAUUUAUAAAAAUUUUAAAAGAGUAAAAAAAAGUUUUAAAAAGUAAAAACAGUUUACAAAAGUAACAAAAUACAUAUAAAAAUGGUCCUUACCACUAAACCUGGAACAAAGUAGUGAAAAAAUGAUCCCAAGCUAAAGUUCAAAAUAUGCCUUUUGAAAUACCCCAGGGUGUAUUCUUUAAAAAAUGUUGUGUGUUUGUGGAGUAUUUGAAUAACCAACCAACUAAACUACUCCAAAUUGGGACAUGGACCCAGCAUAAAACUUCAAAGUUUGAAAAAACUGGAAUGGCUGUGUCUCAAAUGUGCCCCUUCAACGUCCACAUAUAACUGGCAAAGUUACAUAUGGGGGUUUUGCUGUACUCAGACGACAUAGCUGAGCAACAUAUUAAGUAUUAUACAGCUGUAUCAUACAUAAGGUUUGCGAAACAUACUGCGCAAACUCCCUCUGUAUUUCAAAAAGGCAGAAAAAAUGCUUAUUACCACUACACUUGGUACAAGCUAGCGGAAAAAUGAUACCACGGUAAGGUUCAAAAUAUGACUUUUGAAAAACCCUGGGAUGGCUUCUUUACGGCAUGGUAUACCUUUAUGGUGUAGUUGGAAUAUGUAGCCUGCUAAAGUGCUCCAAAAUGGAACAUGGACCCAUCAACACCAUCUAUGCAAAUUCCCACUUAAAAACUUGAACUUGUCAUGUCUCUUUUACAGCACUGUAACUUCACAAAAUAGUGUCUAGAUCAUACAUUGGGCAUAUUGUUUUACUCAGAAGAUGUAACUGAGCAUAAUUUGAGGGACUUUAUGACAGUGGCAUAAACAGGGCUGUAUUUACCUUGAGGCUAACAAGGCAUUUGCCUUGGGCAGCACUUUCCAGGGGGUGGCAAAAAAUGCCGCCUCAAAUGCCCAGACAAAUGCCUUGUUAGCCUCGUUUUAUGGCUGCCCAAGAGCUGGCCACCUUUGGGCCCCAUGAAGCAGACAGCCAGUUGUGUUUCGGACAGGCGGCGAGGGAAUGCUGGUGCCAGGAGCCAGAAUAUAACAUCAGCAUGCAAGGGAGCUGAGCAGGAAGAUCACAGCUCCCUCGCCGCCUACUUUGGCCAGACGCCUGCCCAGCAGCCCCACUGGACCCCAGGUAAAUAAUCCACCCAGCUCACAAAAGUAGGGCGACUGGGUGGAUUUAAAUAAAAUAAAAAAUAAUAAUUUGUUAGCUUUGGGGGAACAUGUGUGUGUGUCUCUGUGAAUGUAUGUCUGUCUGUCAUUGUGAGAGUGUGUCUGUCAGUGAGUUUGUGUCUGUCAGUAAAUGUGUGUGUAUACAUCUGUCAGUGUGGCUGUGAGUGAAUAUUUAUGUGUGUGAAUGUGUCUGUCAGUGUGUGUCUGAGUAAGUGUGUCUUUCAGUGAAUGUGUGUGUAUCUGUCAGUCAAUUUGUGUGUCUGAGUGAUUGUUCGUGUCUGUCAAUGUGUGUGUGCAUCUGUCAGUGCAUGUGUGAAUGAUUGUGUGUUUCUGCCAGAUUGUGUCAAAUCAGUGAGUGUGUGUAUGUCAGUGUAUCUGAGAGUGUGUGCUUGUCUGUGAGUGUGUGUCUGUCAGUCAAAAUGUGUGUUAGUCUUUAACAGGAAGAGGUGUAGCCUUGGCAGGGAGGGGUCGGGCAAAUUUAAAUUAGGGGGUGGCUGGGUUCCGUGAUGCCUAGGGCAACACCAAUCCAAAAUACACCACUGGGCAUAUAUCAAGUGUAAGAAAUACACUAACAUCUAUGUUAAAAUUUGAUUUUUUUUUCCUCACCACAAACAUUGACAUAAAAUGGUGACAAGUUAAGGCACAAUAUAUAUGCCAUAUAAAAUAUCCUGAAGUGUCUGCUUUCUCAAAUGGAAGCCCUUUGUGGGGUUAUUUGAACAGUCACACUGUUAUAAUGUAACAAAAUGAGACAUAAGCCCUUCAAAUCCAUCCAUGAUAAUUCUAACUAUAGAAACUGUAAUAGCCUUGUCUCUUGUAUGGCAUUGUAGCUUUACAGAUAGUGCCAAAGGCAUACAAUGGGGGUAUCGUUAUACUCAGCAGAUGUAGCUGAUCAUAAUAUGGGGUUCUGUGCAGGAAUAGCAUACACCAGCUUUACGAAAUACACAAAUACACAUUGUUAUAUGUGUAUAUGCCAAGAUAGAGAAAAACAUGAUUUUACUCCAAUAUUUAGCAGAGAUUGGCGAUGAAAUGGCUACGUAAAAAGUAUCAGAAUAAAUAGCCUGUGAUGUCUACUUUAUAUAAACACAAACAGCAAAAAUUGCUUGUGUCCUUAAGGGGUUAAACUAUUCGGGCAUAAGUCAUUUUAUUUUGUUGGUUAUAAUGCUUUUCUGGUUCAUUUUGCACUAAUAAUUUAAUUAUGUUGUACUUUUUUGUUGUUGUUGUUUCUACACAAUGGGACUUUGUGCAAUCUCUAAUUCAAACUUUAAUUAAAAUGUUAUUUUUUUAAAGGAUCACUAUAGUGUCAGGAAAAACACUAGGUCAUCCUUGGGGGACCCUCACCCUCAGGGUCCCCCUCCCGUGCCGCUGAAGGGGUUAAACCCCCUUAGCAGUUUACCUUAAUCCAGUGCCGGGCUCCCUUGGUGCUGGUGACCUCUCCUCCCCCGCUGUCAGCUCCGGAGUGGAGCAGAAUGCACAUGCGCGGCAAGAGCCGUGUGCGCAUUCUAACAGUCUAUAGUAAAGCAUUUCUCAAUGCUUUCCUAUGGACGUUCUGCACGGUGGAUGCAAAUUUUGCAUACAGCGUAGCAGAGGCACCUCUAGCGGCUGUCAGUGAGACAGCCACUAGAGGCUGGAUUAACCCUGCUAUGUUUACAUGUGAAGGGUUAAAACCUGGGGGACCCGGCACCCAGACCACUUCAUUGAGCUGAAGUGGUCUGGGUGCCUGUAGUGUGCCUUUAAUUACAUAUUAUUUUAGUGGUCACAGAAAUGUCAGCUGCUAAACUCCAGCUGUGGGCUAGAUUUCCCACAAUGCAGCUGGCCUAAGGAGUGCGCGCCAAAAUGCCACCCGUGCGUGAAAGCAGCGUGCUCGCAACGUCACGUGUCCCACGUCCUCCUUCCUUUCCUCCCACGUGAUACCUCUCGCCCAGUACGGUGACGAGCCGCACAAAAGGCGGGGCUCUGCGGAAGCACCGCCUCUUCCUGUUUUCCUCGGCGGAAGUUCCCAACACGUUGUUGAACAGCUCGCUCAUUCAGGCUUCAUUUUCUCGUCCUCCGUGAAGCUUCCGGGCAGAGAGGACCGCGCACCGACCGUACUAGCUGCAGCCAUGGUGAGUACUCCGGGCAGGGUGUCAUGGCGGCCUGCAUACCAGCAGCAUACCAGGCGCUGCCACAGUCUGGCGGGUGGGGAGGGUUAGUGUGUUCCUAACCAGGACAGGCUCCCAGUCUGUUACUAUACGGGCCCUGUAUGGCGGUUACCGUGCUCGAUGGUUAGUGUCGCUUUAGAUAUUGUAUCAUUACAUGUAUCAGCCAGUCCACGUGCGGCUCCCCGUGCUGCUCCCCGUGCGGCUCCCCAUGCUGGCAUCUCGAGGACUCGGGUACUAAUAGAGCUACAGCGUUACUGGGUCACCGGGCGGCAGCGUUACACGAGGGCUCAGGCUACAGAAUGUGAACACUAUAACGCGCUCUGAGAGUCCUGGGGCUCGGUAAAUCCGUGUCUGGGUGUAUUGUAGUAUUUAGUUUAGGUCUCAUUUUCGUAUUCAAAGGUCUUCAUAUAGAAAGCUUUCCUCUAUGAUACAUUAAGGGGAAAAAAGCUUAUGACUUGUUUCCUUGGUAACUUUGUAAAACUUAAAAAAAAUACGAAAAUUGAUAUUUGCGCAGAUAAAACACAAUAUUACACGGGUUAGGAGUGUAGCACUGUGAAAGACCUGCAUAGUGAUAGACGUAAAAAAAAAUAACCGAAGUAUGAGCAGAGCAUGAAAGUAAAACGAACUUGUGAGGCAAUGGGUAAAUAUUGAAGGCUAUUUUAUUGCAAUGGAUUGGGAGGUGUGGGGAGAACCUGGCAGUUAAUUGCAUUUUUAGUUUAAUCACAUAUCAAAUUCUUAAGGAAUUUCAGAGAUCCUUGCUUAGUACAUCUCCCUUCAAAUCAGACCAUCUCAUGUGUUCCACGGAAAAGUGCUAAUCAACUACCUGAGACCGUUGCACUGCAAAAUAUAGUUUGGAUAAAGCCAACACCUCUUUUGAGGUUUUGCUUUAAACCAUGUGUUUAGAAGCUUAGAACUGGAUAAGCUCAGCUCUUGUUUCCAGUACCUUAUCAUUGAAGAAAACGUAUGCUAUGAAAAUUGAGACUAAGCUUGGUAAGUGGCUUCCUGACUCAAGCAUCUAACUGCAGAUGUUGGUAGAAUGAUAUGGCGCCAGGCUCAAAAUUUUGAGGAUAGACUAUACACUAUAGACAUUAUAACUACUACAGCUUAUUGCAUUAGUUCUGGUGAGUAGCAUCAUUACCUUUGGGCUUUUCGCAGUAAACACUUUUUUUUUUUUUUUUCAGAGAAAAGGCAGUAUUUACAUUGCAGCAUAGGGAUACCACCACUGGCCACUCAGUCUGCAUGGAAACACUGCACUUUCCUCAUAGAGAUGCUGUUUGGCUUGUGCUGGCUUUGCCACUGAUCUGCAUCCUUGACAAGCUCAGCCAAGCCAACCCAAUGCUUUCCUAUGGUAAAUCAUUGUGAUUGGCUCAGAUCACUUAUGUCUGCGAAGAAGGCAGAUCAUGAGCAGUGCCUGCAGCAGAAAUAAAAGUACGAUUUUAAUAUAUUGAGGGGGAUAGAAGGUGGUUUUAACACUAGAGUCAGGGAUGCAUGUUUGCGUUUAAUUAUUUGGCUUGUUUGAAUUAAUAUGGAAUUAUACUACAUUCUCAUUUAUGCCAAUUUGUAUUUUAGACUGAACCAGAAGUGAAUCCUAAGGCCUACCCACUAGCUGAUGCUCAGCUCACCAAGACUAUUCUGGACCUUGUGCAGCAGUCUGCUAAUUAUAAGCAGCUUCGUAAGGGAGCUAAUGAAGGUAAGUUGUGUUCUAUGAAAUGUGUAUAUCAAAAUAUGCUACUCCUGGGAUUGCAGAAUACAGAAAGCAUUAUAAGGGUAAAAAUGCACCUUUUGUGUAAAAGUUUUGCAGUGAUUGUAUCUCUCUUCCCUCUCCCCUCCCUCUGCUAUAGGGUUUGCACAAAUGGGGUGGCUUGGCUAAUAAAGAUGCCGCAGUUCUCACUCUUGGCAACCUACCUGGGGCCUGCAUUUGACUUUAUGUAGACUCAUAAUAUAAAUCCUGCCAUGCAGUUAAAGCUUGUUUGCGGAGUAGGUCAUCACUCUCUGCUGAUGAGUGGAGUCCUGCAUUGCUGAGCUUAGCUCAAUACAGAUAAUUUCUGUCUCUUGUAGAAGUGACAGCAGACCCAUGCAAUUUCUUAAACCGACUAUAUGGGGAAGGGAGCUUCUGCCAUCAUAACCACUUUAUUGCACUUCUGUUCUGAUGCUUUUUUUUUUUUUUGUAUUUUUAAUAGUUGUACAUGGUUCUGUGUUCCUUGCAGUUGAACUAAAUACACCUUUCUUUGUCUUUACACAGCCACAAAGACUCUUAACAGAGGUAUUGCAGAGUUUAUAGUUAUGUCAGCUGAUGCAGAACCUCUGGAGAUCAUCCUACAUCUCCCCCUGUUGUGUGAAGAUAAGAAUGUUCCCUAUGUCUUUGUGCGCUCCAAGCAAGCAUUGGGAAGAGCAUGUGGCGUAUCAAGACCUGUAAUUGCUUGUUCAGUGACCAUCAAGGAGGGAUCACAGCUGAAGCCUCAGAUCCAGUCUGUCCAGCAGGCUAUUGAGAGACUGCUGGUGUAAUACACAAGCGCCUCCAGAAUACUGGCUUAAGAUUUAAUUUUUCAUCCAUAGAACAGAUUUACAAAUAACCAUAGCUAACUGUUCAUAGAACCAAAAUAUGAACAUCGUGCAGAUUUCUUUACAUUUGUUAUCUAAGAGCCAAACGGUCUUAAAACAUUGGUUGUUUUUUCUUCAAAUUUCAGUUGUCUUAAUGUUUUACAGUAAAACUCCUGAAAAAUCUACAAUUUAAUGUCAGUCUUUUUUCAUUACACUGGCUUGUAUUAUAUGUAUUUUUAAUAAAAACAAAAACCAGUAACUGGAAUUUCUUUCAAGUUGAUUUUACUAAAGCAGAUGCUUGGAGUGCAGAGUACUGUUAUUCUGCUGCAGCCAUUUGUGCAGUCCAUUUAAUAAACAUAUUGGUGGUUUAAAGAAAAAGUGGAAAAACCUAUGUUAAUGCUUGUAAUCAUUACAGAAUAUGUAUUUCCUAAAUCCUAAAGUAGCACAAAUGACUAAUCUCCAAACUUACAUUUAUCAGAUGUGUGGGUUUUAUAGAAAUGUAUUUAACAAAUACAUCUUUAGUGCUGUAGUUAAAGGGACACUAUAUGUACCCAGACCACUGCAACUCACUAAAGUGGUCUGGGUGCAGUGUCCCAACAUCCUUAACCCUGCAACGGUAAUAGCAGGUUUUAAAAAAAUAUUUGAGUUAACACCACCCCCACUUUUGGUUGCCUGACUACAGUUAUGCAUUGAGGACUCCUAGUGUCACCAGAAUCCCCACAGGAGAGCAUAAUAAUGCCGCACGCCCCACACCCCUGGGGGAGGGGAGCUUGACAUGUGGGGAAGCUAUUUUGCCAUGAAAACUAGUUUUCCUGGCACGAUAGUUUCCCUUUAACACCUUAAAGGGCGGCAGGCGUGUUAUGCUGUCCUUGGGGAUCUGGCUCUAAAUGCCACCGGGUGACAUACCACGUGCCCGCUAUCUUAUGUACCGUAUAUACUCUAGUAUAAGCAGAGUUUUUCAGCACAUUUUGUGCUGGAAAAACCCCAACUCGGCUUGUACUCGAGUCACUGUCUGUAUUAUG